AUGCUUUUCUUUCUGAUCUACGGCCAGCGAGUGGGUCUCUUGGAGAGCAACACGACAUUGGUUUCUCUAUUGAGAAAUGGUUCCUUUCUCAGGGAGAUGGACAGGUCGGGAUGGACAGGCCGUGCUGACUGGAGCCUAAAGCUGGCGAUGCCUGAAACAGCCUUGAGGGAUGAACCUUUUGCAUCACUUCGUCAAUUUGCUCGGUGCUUGUUCCGCGCAGGUGCUCCCGAUUCCCCGUCGGGAGGCCGAGAGGACGCGAUUCCGCGCGAUGGGAUCGGAUGGGUCCGUGCCGAUGGUCGGCAGCGUUGGUUGUUCAACGCUGCGUGCCGUUUCGGCGGCAAGCGUCAAAGGUGCGGUUUGAGCAACGGAUCGACAGAAAGUAGUGGCAAGACACGAAAUGCUCAUGUUCACUUUUGUCUCUCAUCGUGGCCAAGACACGAGAUUCCGUUUGUGGCUGGGCUACAAUUUGUAGAUUUUCCGCCUCACAUGGUCAGAGUUAAAUUUCCUCCACUUUUUUGUGUUCUAUUUUGUCGGGCGUUGACAUGCGGCCGAUAG